GCAAAGGAAAGUGAUAUGAAGGGACAGCUGCAAGUCAGCCACAACCUAGAUAUGGGGAGAUCAAGCAUUCACUUCACUUGGAAGAAAGAGAGAAGGAAGGAAGCCGAGGGCUUAGCAGGGUAAGUUACUUUUCCAUCAGACCAUCUGCUUGCUUAGUUUAUAGUUGAGUAAAACAUUUAUCACCCCAGGGAGUGUUAAUCACUGAUUAAGAAGCUGAAUGUGCUUAAUAAUAGCAAUAUUCUUAAUGUAUUCCUCCUUUUCUCUUUCUCUUUCCCAACUCCUUUUAGGAUCCCCAAUGGCUAACAUCAUUUCCCCCUUUCCCUACCUCCCCAAAGCUGUUUUGUGUUUGCUGGUGAGUUAGAGAAAAUUAGAUGGGCUUUCCUGGUCUGGAGAUAGUGAGAAGGUAACUGGUUUGGGUGAAACUUGAGGCUUUUGGUGAUGAAGGAGAAAGAUGGGAGACCUGGUCUGGGAAUAGGCUAAUAUUGGAGGGAAUUUGGAAAUGAAAAUCAGAGUUUUUCUAGACCGCGCAGUCCAUGUCUCCUUCUGUCCUUGGUGUUUUCUCUCUUACAUUAUGAAUAAAUUAGAGCCUAAGUCAUUGCGGAUGGCUAGAAAAAAGUUAAAGUGAUUCCCUGCUAGGUGAGGUAGACUCUGAUCUCUGGAAAAUUCUUAAAGCUUUUUAUAUAUAAUUCUUUCCAACUUCUCCCUGUCCCCUCUGUUUUUUGCCUUAGUUUUCUCAGUCCUGUCCCUCCUCUCAAACUUGGAGGAUCCUGAGGCUCAUUGCAGGAAAGUUAGAACCAGGGAACCUGGGUCUGGGCCUGAGGUACACAAACUCAGAUAUGAGCCUCAUGCAGAUACAAAUGCACCUUCUUACCUUCUUCCCAGAAAUUUAGCUCAUUUGUAUCAUGAACCUGCUCUAGACACAGAGGAAACUAUCAGAGAUUUCAUCACCACCACUCCUCUCCCAAACUGAUCCCUUCACUUCCCAGCCAGUGCAACCAACCCCCAGAGAGCCAAGAGUUAAUCUUCCUUGGGAGAAAGACCUCUUCGGAAAGGCAGAUAAGUUAGGCAGUACAUUUAUAGUCUUAAUUGGUUUCCAUUGCAGCACGAGGCUUUUAGUUGAACAUCAGGAAUAUAUAUUUAUUAUUACUCCUGGGAUUUAAGACUCUUGACUUGCCUCAAAUCAAAGAUGAUUUUUCUCUAUACCUUUAAAGAAAGAUGAAUCCAUUCUUUCAAGGUUCAAGAAGAUGUUAUCUUGCCCGAAGAGGGUGGGUAGAGAGAGCAGAGGAAUGCUUCUCGAGUUGCAGUGAUUCUAGAAAUUGGAUGAGAAUGUGUAGAGAUUAAAAAUGGAAGGGGUGCCUGGGUGGCUUAGUCAGUUGAGCUGAUUUCAGCUCAGGUCAUGAUCUUGGCGUUACGAGAUCAAGCCUCAAGUCGGGCUCCGCACUGAACAUGGGGUCUGCUUAAGAUUCUCUUCCUCUCCCUUUGCCCCUCCCCUGCUGCUCGCACAGGGGCAUUCUCUUAAAAAUAGAUAGGAUAGAUAAAUAAAUGAAGUAAAGUACAUUUUUUUAAAAAGUGGAGGGAAGUGUCAGGUCAGUUGUUGGAAAUGGGGUACUCAAGUGUGAAGGCAUCCUUUAGUAAAGGGACAUGACCCUUUAAUAAUCUGUCACCUUCAGGUCUAAUUUCUCCUGUACUGGUGGGAAUGUAGAAGAUAUUAUAUGCAGAUGAGCUUAGCUCUUUCUGUGGACUCUGAAAACAUCCAUUUAUCUGUGGGAUGAGGGGAGAGAUUACAGGGGUGUGAUGAAAGGAUGAGAAAGUACAAAGGAAAAUACAAAUUAGUUCCCUCGUUAACUAAGGACAGCAGUUUGCAAGAGCCAUGUUGUAAGAUAAUAGAUUUUUUUAAGUUUUUAUUUUAAUUCCAGUUAACAUACAGUGUUACAUUAGUUUCAGGUGUACAGAUAAUAGAUUGUAGCUGGAUGAUUCUGGGAGGUCUUUGUUCUGCCACCUACACCUCAGCUGAAUGAUGAUUCUUGGAGUUUUUUCCCUAACAAAUCUGGUCCAGAAGGAUUAAAUGUCAGACUAUUUUUGUAACAAAACAUGAUCCCUGAUUUGUACUUUAAUAGUUACCUUAUUCACAGUAAAACCAACCACUGUUAUAUCCUCUGCCAUUUACUUGUCCCUAGAGGCAGUUAAUCUGAGGGUUAAUAAUUUUUUAGCUUCUCUGGGACACCUGGGUGGCUCAGUUGGUUAAGCAUCUGCCUUUGGCUUGCAUGAUCUUAGGGUCCUGGGACUGAGUCCCGCAUUGGGCUCCUUGCUCAGCCAGGAGCCUGCUUCUCCCUCUGCCUGCCACUCCCCCUGCUUGUGCAUACUCUCUCUGUCUCUUUCUUUCUCACAAAUAAAUAAAAUCUUUUAAAAAAAUAAUUUUUUAGCUUCUCAAUCUCUACGGAUACAGUUUAUUUUUUAAUUGAGAUGAAUGAAAUUCACAUAACAUAAAAUUAAUCCUUUUAAAGUGAGCAUGGUAUGUCAUACCUUCACAUUGUUAUGCAACCACCACCUCUAUCUAGUUCCAAAACAUUUUCACCAUUCCAAAGAAAAACCCAUAACCGUUUAACAGUUAUUCCCCAUAUCUCUUCUUCCCAGGCCCUGGCAACCGUGAAUCUGCUUUCUGUCUCUGGAUUUACCGUUUCUCAAUAUUUCAUAUAAGUGGAAUCAUAUAAUUUAUGAUCUUUUGUGUCUGGCUUCUUUCAGUUAGUGUAAUGUUUUUGAGGUUCACCCACAUUGUAGCGUAUUAUCAGUACUUCACUUCUUUUUAUGGUGUAAUAUCUGAGAAAUUGCCAAAUCCAUAUGAUGAUACUUUUCCCUAUGUGUUCUUCUAAGACUUUAUAGGUUUAGUUCUUACAUUUAGGUUAUACUUAAUAAUCAAACUGAAACCAUUCUACUUCAUUAAUUCCUAGAGUGUUCCCUUCUACAUUUCUGUGCUCAUGCUCUUCUCUGUGGUUAGAAUUCUUCUUUUCUGUCUCCAUGUAUUCCAAAUAUUACCAUCAUUAAUGGGUCUAUUCUGACUGCUACAUGCUUUAUAAAGUCUUCCUACAGCUAACCAACUGAGGAGAUUCUUUCCUUCUGAUCUCCCAUUAGUGCUUUAGUUUCACUUUUCUUAUAGGAUUUAUAUACUGCCUUAUAAUUUACAUUUGAUCCCUCUGUAAAACAUUUAGAUAUUAAGUAUACUUUUCAUAUUUGUUCCAUUAUAAUAUGAGUGAUUAUAUAUGUUUAGCAGUAAAUGUUUAUUGAAUGAAUGGAUGUUAUUUUUCCCAAUACAGUUCCUUUUGUUUACUCAUUCCUUGUGGAAGGAAUGGGAGAAGACAAGGCAGGGAAGGAGAAUAUCAGAGUUCCUCCUAGGUAGUGGUGGGUAUGGGAUUAGUUCUACUUCAAAGCUCACCUCUUUAGGAAAUUUUCCUCAUAAUUUGCAUAACUUGCUUUGACUACAUAAAUCUUAAUAUUGCGGUGCUGUUUUUAUAUUGCAUUUAAUUUCUAUUUCUGGGUUGAUUGCUUAAAAGUGUGAUGAUAGGUCUCCUAAAAUGAAUGUUUUAUUUCCUUAACUAGGUGAGAUUGACUGAUUCUCCAAUUAGUUGGUAGUUUUAGACAACCAAGAUUUCUGUUGCUUUUUCCUCCCUCAUUUUAAGUUGAUUUUUUAAAUGCAUUAAUAACAUAUGAAUAUAUUCUUAGUAUUCAAGAGUCAAACGUUACAGAUAAGUCUAAAGUUCCUUUUGAUUAACCCAGUUCCUAUCCCAUUACUUCUUUCCCUCCUUAGAGUUAAUCAUUGUUAUUGGUUUUAUAUGAGCCCUGCCAGACCUUUUUCUAUGUAUUUACUUACAUAUAUAUUUAUAUUUCAGAUAGAACUUCAUAUGUAAUACAUAUAUAAUUAUGUUGAUAUACAAUUAUUUUCCUCCUGUUUUUUUAUCACUGCCUGUGGUGAUCAAUAAUCAGUAGAGCCUAAAUAAAUCUUACUGAUACCUAGGUCUGAGACUGGAAUGAGAAUUGAAAGGUCAAACAUAUGAAAACACAUCAUACUUGUCUAGCUUGCAAAAUUUCAUUCCCUAUCUGUUCUCCAUAUAGUCUCCAGGUAUCAGUGGACAGCCAUGGCUCCAAGAUCCCGGCAACAAAGGCACAAGAAACCCCCCUCAUCGGUGACUCCCAUGGUUGUGACCCCACCCACAGUUGUGACCUCUGUGCCUCUGACCCUCUCAAAACCUGACCCUAGCAUUGAUGCACUUGGCUUCUUCUCCUUGGACAAUAAUGUUCCUGGCCUAUCCCAGCUAAUCCUUCAAAAGCUAAACAUGAAGAGCUAUGAAGAAUACAAGUUGGUGCUAGAUGGGGGUGCUUCUGUAUCAGGCUUUGGAUUUGGAUGCCUUCAAGAAAUGUUCCAGAAGAUGGAGGACACAUUCCGAUUCUGUGCUCACUGUAGAGCUCUUCCUAGUGGCCUUUCAGACUCCAAGGUCCUACGUCAGUGCAAGAGGUGCAGAAAUGUCUAUUACUGUGGUCCGGAGUGCCAGAGUAAUAGGACUUGGCCAGAGCACAGGAAGGUUUGUCAAGAGCUGCGUCUGGUAGCUGUGGACCGUCUCAUGGAAUGGCUUCUAGUCACGGGUGCUUUUGUCCUACCUUCAGGACCUUGGCCAUGCCUGGCUGAAGUUGUACAGGGCUGGGAUACCUGGUUUUCUUUGCGGUGUUUACAGCUAGAUGCUACACUGGAUGCUGUCCUAGGUAGUCAUGCCAUGACCACCCUGUGGGCCAACGUGGGACGGCCAAAGCCAGAUCCAGAUGUCCUGCAGGGCUCUUUGAAACGGCUGCUGACAGAUGCCCUAUCACGGCCCUUGACACUGGGCCUUGGGCUUCGGGCCUUGGGGACAGAUGUUCAGAAGAUUGGGGGAAGCACAGUGCAUGUGGUUGGUGUUUCCCAUGUGGAGACAUUCCUCACUUGCCCUGGGGACUAUGAUGAGCUUGGCUACAUGUUUCCUGGACACCUAGGCCUCCGUGUGAUCAUGGUGGGUAUAGACGUAUCUGCUGGCUUUACAAAGAGCACCUCAACUUCCCCCCUGGAACCUGGCACAGUUCAGCUUAGUGGCCAUAGGGGCCUCUAUCAUGACUUCUGGGAGGAGCAGGUAGAGACUGGACAGACAACCCAUCCAGAUUUGGUGGUGGCAUUCCAUCCAGGUUUCCAUGCUUCCCCAGACUUGAUGGAGGCUUGGCUGCCCACCCUCCUGCUACUUUGUGAUUAUGAGAUCCCUACAUUGAUCACUGUUUACAGCCAUCAGGAAUUGGCAGCUUCUUUGCAGAUUCUGGUGGACCUGGAUACACACAUCACUGCCUAUGGAGCUAACCCUUUCGCGUCCCUCAAACCUGAACAGGUCUAUUCCAACCCCAACAAACAACCAGUAUAUUGCAGUGCCUACUAUAUUAUGUUUCUUGGAAGUUCCUGCCAGCUGGAUAAGAAGCAACUGGAAGAGAAAGUAGAUGGUGAGGUUUAAAUAACUGAGCCAGAUCCUGACUGGACUUCUAGAAAAUUGGGAGGUUGUAAUGAAAUUGCUCUGCUGAUGUCAGGUUGUUGCCAACUUUGAAAUCCGCUAUAUCCUAAACCUCAGCCACUUGUCAGGUAAAGAUUCUAAGCUGAAUGGGAGUUCCUAUAUGAUGUGACUCUUUUCUAAGAGAUUAGCUACAAGUAGCUUCCAGAGACAGGAUUCUAGAUUUAAUGUGUGGCAAGAGGCCCUGGUAUCAGUCUUUCCAGAGCCUAGAAUUACUAACAUUUUCCUUUGUGAGCAAGUUGUACCUUUGACUUGAAUAAGAUGCUGCCAAGGAAAAGAAUGGCACCUUAUUUUUCUGGAAAAGACUUUCUUAUCCAGCAAUUCGGACUGAAAAAUUGAAAGGUGUUAAUGACUUGAAGUGGUACAAGAAUGGGCAAAUCAGAGAAGUGGUUGGGAACAUGGGAGAGGUUGUGAGGAUUGGCAUAUUUUUCUAUUUCCUGGCUUUUUCUAGAUAAAUAUCUUACUUUCUUCUUUUCUCUUGGGGACUUCUAACCCUAGAGCAGCUUUUUGCCUUGUGUUGUAUUUAAAUAUUCCAGGGUAGAGGCACCUGGGUGUGCAGUUGUUGUUGAGCUUCUGACUCGGUUUCUGCUCUGGUCAUGAUCUCAGGGUUGUGGGAUUGAUCCCUGCAUUGGGCUCCGCACUCAGGGCGAAUCUGCUUGAUAUUCUCUCUCCCCUCUGCCCCUGCUGCUUGUGCUCUCUCUCUAAAAUAAAUAAAUAAAUAAAUAUUUUUUAAAAAUUAAAAAUAAAUAAAUAUCCUAGGGUAUAUUGGACUUUAGUUGAAUAUACUGGAGUUAUUUGUUAUUACCUAGUUUAUACCAUAAUAAACUCAGUUUGGGGCUUCUUAAGUCACUUGUUUUAUCCUAUUUCCUAUUCACUGGCAAGUAUUACUUGUCUAGUCACAACACCUCAAGAUUAGAGGUUUCUCUCUUGCCAAAGGAGUGAUUAACACCAGCUCUCUGUUUGGACCUCGCACUCUGCCACAUCCUGUCUUAUGCCAUCCUUCUCUUAUCACAUUCUCAAGAUUAGGAUAGUCCUACAACCUUGCCAUAACCUCAACCUCCCACCCGUAACCCUAACACACACAUAUACAUUCUUAUUGCCCACUCUGAUAGGGGUAAUGUUAGAAUUCAUGUGUUCUGGGAUACCUGUGUG